UAAGUGAAACGUAUAAAUAAAAUUCAGCCAAAUGCAGAAACCAACAACAAAAUGGAUAACAAAACUACACAGUUGGAUUUUAAAUUACUGGUGGAUCAGUCAGUAAACCUACUGGAUAGUUUAAAUGCGGUGUCGCGGUGCGAUGCAAUCACAUUUCUGCUGCAAACGCUUAAGUGCAAAUAUCCAGAGGCCUGCGACAGAGUCGUCAGGAAUCUGUUCAGUCACAAUCCCAAUGACAAUGGCACCGGGUCGAAACUCCCGGACGAAGCGCAGCUAGCGAAGGGCGAGCAGUUGCAGCUGCUGCUUACCGCGAAGAAGGAGAAGACGGAGCCGGAGCCGGUUGCGAAAAUCAAACGUGAAAGCGAAGAUGAGGCAGCCGCCAUCGAUUUGAAUCAAAACUUUGAGAAGAUUCUCUGCAAGGAGGAUUAUAUGUGCCUCGACCAGGAGGAUGACUUCCUGGAUGAUGACGCCGAUGAUACCGAGAACUCUUCCUCCAUGAACAAGCGCCUGCACUUCCACCGCACAAAUAGUGCCACAAACGCCUGUGCCAGCAACAAUGUGGAUGCGAUUACCGGAGUGAGUCCACUACUCAUCUCCAACGAUCCCCUCGAUCUGAUACCAACGGCAGCAGUGACUAGCGGGCUGGUGAAGCGCAAGUAUGCGGCGACAUUCGAUGAGGACGCAGAGGAGGACGAUGAAGAUGGUGGCGAUGACUACGACAAUGGAAGCAAUAGAAGCAGCAACUGCGAAGAGCUCCUGAUGCGCCGACAACAGAAGCUCAUUGGCUCCACGUCGUUGGUGAAGCGAAAGCGCAGCAACAACAGCCACAUUGGCAGCUUAGUAGAGGUGAUGGCGCCUGUCACCACGCGCUCCCGACUGGGCGAGGGCUACGUGUUCCACGAGGACAACAAGUACACGUUACGGUACCACCACAGCAGCGGAGAGUUCAGUGAACGGGCUUUCAAGGCGCAAUUUCGGGUGCUGCUUCGCCUGGCGCUGAGCCAGCAUCAUAAGCCCUUCCUUAAGCAAUUCUACGACAACUUUGUGAUCACUGGCCGGCUGCUGGGCACCACGCCCUCAACCCGUGUGCUAAAGGAGCUGCGUGAGCAACGGCUGGACGAGUGGCGUCGACAACGCGAGCGGCGGCAGCAGCUGGCGAAGGCAGCAGUCGCCUCCGCUGCUGCUGCGGCUGCUGCUGCUGAGAGAUUGCUGGGAGAGGAACAGGAACACGAGCAGGAGCAGGUGCAGGAGCUGGAGCAAGAGCAAGCGCAAAGCCAGCAACUGGACCAACAACUCGAAGUGCCGCUACAACUGGAGAGCCAAGAGCAACACCAGCUAAGAUCCAUUUCAUUUGGUGACUCCGAGUUGGAGUCGGAAACAGAAUCGCAGCUAUCGUCGGCUGCACAGGAGAUUAUGAAGUUCGAGGAGUUCAUUGACGAGGGUGUAGGCGCAGGUCGUCUCAUCGAUGGGCUGGAAAUGGAGCCGGAAAUAGACGAGAUGCUGGCUGGCGCCGGCAGUGGAUUGGGCAGCGUAGCUGGCACCGGCAGCGGGAACAGCAACAGUAACAGCAGUGUCGUACAUGACAAUGGCAUCGCCUCCCUUCUCAUGGACUCCAGUCAUGGGACGCAGCUUCAUUCGCAUCAUCUCAACAGCAGCAGUAGUAGCAGUGGAAAUCUUGGAAUCAAUGGCCUUACAUCGUCAAGCAAUAUCAACAACAACAUCAAUUGUAACAAGAGCAACAACAAUGCGUUGGCCCAGCAGCUGGGACCAGAGCAUUCCGGCAAGCAGUCAGUGUCACAGGGCCAGGGGCAGGCGCAGAUGCAGUCCCAGUCUCAGUCCCAGUCCCAGCACUUGGCUAUGCCCAUGAGAACUGGAUAUGGCCUUGAAGGUGUUGCGAUGUCAGCGACUAAGCAACUGAUGUCUGGGAGUGAGAUUCAGCUGCAGAACGACAACCAGAAUCAGAAUCAGAAUCAGAGCCAGAACCAGAAUCACUAUAAUUCAAGCAAUAAUCCUCUCUCAAUGCCGCCCAUCAUCGAGCAGAUGAUGCAAAUGCAGAUGCAACAGCAGCAGCAGCAACAGCAGAGCCCCUUUCCACAGCAUCAGCAUGCGCAAAUGAUGAACAAUCGCCCGUCGCAUCUUCAUCCGCACCAGCAUCAGCAGACGCAGUCGCAGCCAUCGCAUCUGACGCCAUCUGGAGUUGGUUCGCAGUUGAACUCUUCGCUGGAACUGGACGACAAUGAGCUCUCCGGCGAGGAGGAGGACGAUGAGCUGGACAAUGAGAUUGAUGAGAUGGACGCUGCCAAACAGCAGCUCAUUGAUGGCGGCAGCAGCAGCAGCACCUCGCUGCAGGCGCCGCCAUCCCAAAUGGGCGGCAGUCAAACGCCGGGCAGUAAAAAGGAUAAGCCCAGCUACAAUUGCCUGCUCUGCCCAAAAUCGUAUAGGAAACGGAAGUCUCUGCUGGAUCAUUACAAGCUGCAUCCCGGAUACUGCCACGACUGUGGUCAGCCCAAUGGCAACACACUGGAGGAAAUUAUUCAGCAUAAUCGUACGAUGCACGUGAAGGAGUUUCCGUUUGUAUGCGAAACCUGCGGCGAAUCCUACUCACGCCGGCAACAGUUCCAUGCGCACGUAGAGUCGCACAAGAAGGAUUUCAAAAUCUUUCCGUGUGGGGAGUGCGGCUUGAAGCUGUCGCAGAAGAAGAUGCAGCAGCACUUUGAAGAUACUGGCCACAAGGCUGAUGGUGCCAUCUGUGAGGUGUGCGGCGCCGAGUUCCCCUCCAAGAACGCUCUAUAUCAGCACAUAAUACGCGUGCAUAAGCGAGAUAACUUCUUUGAGUGCCACAUUUGCCAUAACCGCUUCACUCUCAAGGCCAACCUGGAGCGGCACGUGCAGCUGCACACUGAGGUGAAGCGCACCUACGUGUGCGAUCUGUGCGGUUCCUCCUACUUUACAUAUCCUGCGCUCAAGGAGCACUACAGCAACGCCCACGUCGAUGUCUCCGAGUGCAAGUGCACGCUGUGCGGCAAACGUUUUGGCUCUGCCAAAUCCUUGCAGCGCCAUUUGCCUUCACACUCGGAGGAGCGACCGCACUGUUGCAACCACUGCGAUCAGACCUUCAAGUGGAAAACACACUUGGUGCGCCACAAGCAGACAAUGCAUGGAAAUCAGCCGCCACCUCCUAAGAAGGGCAAACAGCGUUUUCCCAAAGCUAACGAAGAAGAUAUGGCUUCGCUGCCUGAUAUGCCAGGACCGCCGCCGGUGAAGGCGAGCAAAAAGUCGGCGGUCAGCAAGGCCAAGUCGCAGGCUGGUGCGGCCGUAGUGCAACAACAGCAGAUGCAGCCGGGCGCUGGAAAGGUAGUCAGUGCGGGUGCCACGCCCACUCCGCCACCACCAUUGUCAACGACGCCGGGCUGUUCGCAGCAGGAUCAAUUCAACGCCAUUGUCAGCAGCAACAGUUCACAGUCUUCGACGGCAUCCACGUCGCAGCACUCGGUCUCCACGAGCGAAUCUCAGCAGAAUUCCAUGUACAAUCAGAGCUUUAGUGCGGAAAAAUUGCAACAACAACAACAGCAGCAGCAACAACAACAACAGCAGCAGCAGCAGCAACAACAACAGCAACAGCCGCCGCCAACGCAGCAACAGCAACAAAAUGCGUUGCAUCAGCAUCAACAGCAUGCUGCAGCGACGCCGCCGCCAACUCAGCAGCAAGCGGUGCCACCGCCCCAGCAGCAGGCACAACCGCAACCGCAUCAUCGCCAUACGCCGCAUACGCCAAACAACACAACGCCGGAGAUGCACAUGCAGCGAAUGAACAGUUUUGGUGGCCCGGAGAGCCAGUUUCACUUUGAGCCCACUGGCAAUCCGGCUGGCGGCUAUCAGCACCAGUUGAUAAAUCAAUAUCAACAACAGCAACAACAGCCGCAGCAGCCACAAGUGCCGCCGCAGCAACAACAACAGCAGCAGCAGCAGCAACAGCAGCAUAUGCGUAGCCACACGCCCCAGAGCCCACAUCCGCAUUCGCAUCCACAUCCACUCCAAGCGCAGCAGAUGCAACAACAGCAGCAACAACACUUCACCUCGCCGCACCACAUGCCCCCGAUGCAUCACCAGCACCAGCUGAUUCUACAACAACAUCGUCACACCCAUUCGCCCCAGCAUCAGCAUUCGCGGUUGCAGUCACCGCAGCCACAGCCAUCGCCAUCAGCCGCUGCGUCCGCAACUCAGCAGCAAUUUAUGCAGCAACAACAAGCAACUGAGUCCUGGGGCAAUAUGGGCUUUGGCGGCCCUCCCAACAGCCAGCCAGUCGAGCUCAAGGACAACAAGUUCUACAUUGUCGACUCAACCGAGUUUCUCGGGCUUCCAAUGAGUGUUGGCGCCCCGGCGCCGUCUGCUCAGCAGCAAUCGGCCGUGGGCGUUAACAAGCCUCAGCAGCAGCAGCAACAACAACAACCACCACCCCAGCAGCAGCAGCAACAGCAACCCCAAGAUCCAGCAUUGGCGGGCGACUUAUUGGGCUUCCAGCAUAUGUGGCCACAGCAAGUGCAGCCGCAGCAGCAACAGCAGCAGCAGCAACAACAACAGCAGCAGCAGCAACCGCCGACGCCGCAGCCGCAGUCGAAUCAAAUCGGACCGGGAGAUGCUCACAAUUAUAACAAUAUUGGCAGUAUUCUCACGAAUCUCAUCGACACGAAUCCCACGCCUAUGGAGUACAACUUUGAUUUAAUGCAACAGCAGCCGCCGCAACAGCAACAGCAGCAAUCACAACAGCCGCAACAACAACAGCAGCAGCAGCCGACGCAGCAACAUCACAAUGCUGGCGGCCCCUACGGCAGUGGUCUAAUGCGGCAUGCGGGACCUGGCAACGUUUAUGGAGGCGGUGUCUCCUACGAGCAACAUCACAACCACAGUGCGCUCAGCGAGCAGCUGGUCAACGAUCAGCAGAAGCACAACAGCUUUCAGCCAUAUCAUGGCCAUGGACAUCCGCAUGGUCUGCAACAGCCGCUGCACUCGCUGGCGGGCGCCGCGCACUUGUUGCCACCGCCGCCGCCGCAUGGCAGCGUCUAUGAGCGGACAGCACCGCCAGUGGGUGUAGGUGUGGGUGUGGGAGUAGGUGUAGGUGUCGGCUAUCCGAUGCUGGGCGACGAUUCAAAGUCUGUGCUGCCGCCGAUCAAUGACUAUAUGCAUCAUAUGCAGCAACAGCCCGAUCUAAUCUACUAUCCAGUGAAGAACGAUUGACAACCAAAGUAGCCGGCUCUGGGUGGUGUGCCCGUGCACCACCAGCCCCACCACUACGCGCAUAAUCAUAAUCAUAAUCAUAAUCAUACGCACUGGUGGCCAGCAUCAGCAGCAACUUUAAACGCCAAGAGAGGCGAUGUUUUUCAUUGAAAAGCAUUAACAUUUGUUUAGUCUGUACGUUAAGAGCGUGCGAGAUCACUUCGACUCGUAGUGCUUGUGUAGAUAAAACAAAGAUGAUUCUAUCUAGAUAAGGUUUAACAGAAGGAUAACUAUAUACACUGGAAUGUUAUGAAAUAUGUAGAGUAACAGCUCCAAGAUUGGGCCUUGCGAUGCUCAGUAUAACUAAUCCGACCGACGCUAUCAGACACGUGUAAACAUACAAAUAAACUGGCAUAAAACAUAACACAAAUGCACACACACACACACACAGCACACACACCAUACACCAAGAUAAAAUCAAAUAUAAUUGAAGGAAGAUUAACAAGAACAUGACUACAGACAUAUAUAUACAUAUAUACAUAGUAGCGAGUAAGGAAAACAACAAACAAAGAGAAAUAAACACUAUAAAUAUUUACGUAAAUGAUGUAAUAUGUAGCCUGUAAGGAUGUAUCAACAACAAUAACACCAGACCACAACAGCAACAGCAACAACAACAACAACUUGAACAGAAACAACCAACUUUCGAACAAAUUUUUGCAACAUAAUUUAUGCUUAUUUAACUUAAAUGAGAACACAAAUACGUACGUUAAUAUAAAUCAAAGCAAACUUAUAUAUGUAUAUGUAUAUAUA